AGGAGCUGAGAAGGAAGAAGACGAGAGAGAUCGUUAUUAUGGUUUUUGGUUUCCUUUGACGUCGUACUUAUCUAUGUUAUAACAUUCUCUUUGUAUAAGAGGAGAGAGAGUUAGGUUGAAAUCGAAGGCAAAGCAGAACCAUUAGCUCUACCAAGAGGAAGCGUGACCUUUCAACCACUGAUUCACCGAACUCCAUUGGUCAAAUUCUCUCUUCUUCCCCUCACCGGGGGAGCUCUCUUGGAAGGUAGAGAUGGCGGCAGUUACGGCGGUCGUGGCGGGAGGUGGUGAUUUGUGGAAGGCGCAUGCUGCCAUGACGCUGAUUCAGCUCUUCAAUGGAGGUUACCAUGUAAUUACCAAAGUAGCCCUCAACGUUGGAGUCAAUCAGCUCGUCUUCUGCGUCUUCCGCGACCUCCUUGCUCUUUCAAUUCUAGCUCCCGUCGCCUAUUUCAGAGAAAAGCGGAUUCGACCACCAUUGAAUAAACAUCUUCUCCUAACAUUCUUUUUUCUUGGGUUAACUGGGAUAUUUGGAAACCAGCUUUUAUUUCUAAUUGGUCUUGGAUACACAAAUCCAACUUAUGCUGCUGCCAUACAACCUACCAUUCCAGUAUUUACAUUCAUCUUGGCAGUCCUAAUGGGUACAGAACGAGUGAACUUGCUCAGGACUGAAGGUCAGGCGAAGAUUGGAGGCACUCUCAUUUGUGUUUCUGGUGCUGUAUUUAUGUGUUUCUACCGUGGUCGGGCUUUGAUAGGAAAUAUGGAGCCUGAAUUUUCAGCACAAAGUGAAAUAAUUGCCAGAGGUCAACCUGAACCUGUCGGAUGGCUAAUGUCUAGUUUUUUAGAGUUUGGGCUUGAUCAUUUUCACCUUGGAGUUUUGUGCUUAAUUGGAAACUGCAUGUGCAUGGCUGCAUUUCUGGCCAUUCAGGCUCCACUUUUGAAAAAGUAUCCUGCAAACAUAUCAGUCACUGCAUAUUCAUACUUCUUUGGUACUUUGUUGAUGGUGGUGACAUCAUUCUUUCUGACCAACGAAUCAACAGACUGGGCUCUAACACAGUCUGAGGUUUUAGCUGUAAUAUAUGCUGGCACUAUUGCAUCUGCACUUAAUUAUGGACUUCUUACAUGGUGCAAUAAGAUCUUGGGGCCAGCUUUGGUUGCUACAUACAACCCACUUCAACCUGCUGCCUCUGCCUUCUUGUCCAGAAUUUUCCUUGGGAGCCCUAUCUAUUUGGGAAGCGUUUUAGGUGGGAUUCUGAUCAUUGCUGGUCUCUACAUUGUCACUUGGGCGUCCUUCAGAGAGAAACAGGCACUUCUGGGGAUUACACCUCAUGUAAGUCGAUCUUCUGAACCUCUCAUCCACAAAGAUAUGUUGGUUAACAGGUUACCGCACCAGAGAGGACACAUCUUCUCAGGAAUGUCCAACAUAUUACCAAAACCCUCAGAUUAAGAAGAGAAUAUAGAGCGUUAUAAUGUAAAAAACCACUAGUUCUACCAUUGCUACAGGAGCAUUUGUUGAGAAGCCACACCUCUUUUUCUUUUUUUUUUAAUCCAGUUUUACUACAAUUUUUUAAUGGUUUUUUGAGAAUUCAAUUUAGGAAUUACUGUUAGCCAUACUGUGAAGAUCAAAUGCACAUGUUUUUCUUGUGCAAAAAGGCACAACCACAUAAUGCAAAAGAGUUUUGAAUUUCA